CAUAUCGGUAAUAACGUCCCCGCUACAUGGAAAGGGGGAAUAGUCAGGUUUUGCUGAUUUGAUAUCAGAAUCAAAAUGCCUAUAAAUCCGACCAGAUCCAGGAUAAGAGAUCGGAAUGACCCGAUCAACAGACCCGAGUUUCUGUCACUGAACCAGCCUCUCAGAAAUAGCAACGAGGCACGGGGGACAUUAAGACGCAGCAACCUCAAAUGUACAGCAAGGGAGCCGCUUGAAAACAGCACUGAGGACCGCAGAGAAUCUGUUAAACUUCCAGAAGAGGAUUGCAUACAACUCAACCCCUCCUUUAAGGGCAUUGCAAUGAACUCUCUUAUGGCGAUUGAUAUAUGCAUGUCCAAAAGGCUUGGGGUUUGCGCAUAUMCUCACUCCUCYUGGGGCAGUGUGCGCUCCAUGGUCAACCUGCUUGCAUUCACUGGUCAUGGCAUCCCUUGGAUUAUUGGCACAAUUAUAUGUCUCACCAGAAGCAACACAAUGGCAGGACAAGAAGUUCUGGUCAAUUUGCUUCUUGCACUUUUACUGGACGUAAUGACCGUCGCCGGAAUGCAGAAACUCGUGAAGCGCAAAGGACCAUGGGAGAUGACGCCUGGCCUCUUUGAUUACAUAGCGAUGGACAUUUACUCUUUCCCAGCAGCACAUGCAAGCCGGGCUGCCAUGGUAUCCAAGUUCCUUUUGUCACACUUAGUGCUCGCUGUCCCUCUGCGCAUCUUACUGGUGCUGUGGGCUUUCCUGGCCGGCAUGUCCCGCGUCCUUCUUGGCCGCCACCACCUGACAGAUGUGGGAUUUGGUUUUGCAUUGGGCUAUCUCCAUUUCAAUCUAGUUGAAAUGGUGUGGCUUCCCUCCAACACUUGCCAAACUUUGAUCUCCAUCGGGAAACUCAGUUGGAUCCCCCUCUAAUGACAAUAUCAGCAUUUUAGGAAACCCACAAAAGCUUGACAUCCUCCUAUCCCUCGGUCCCUAUUUUAGUUACGUUUUUCUGUCACAGCCCCUCACUGGCCCUCAUGUCAUUUUAAAUAGAAGUCUAUGAAGACAUAAUGUAUGUUAAUCACAUUUACCCCUAGAUAAUACGUUUUUUUUCAGCUUUGACUGAAUUUCUUUCUCCAGUGUAAAUGCAGUAUGCAAGGAAAUUAAUGCAUCCUUGUGACACAUUUCCGAUGCCUUUCUGACUAGCGUUUAUUUAUUACAUUUUGAUCCACAAUUUUUAGUUUUGUCAACAUAUAUGACAAUUAAUUUUUUACUAUAAAAAAACAUUGUUUUUAAAACUCAUUCUCUGCACCUGAAAGUGUAUGUAUUUAAAAAUUGCAAGUAUCAGUAAAACAAUCAUAAGCUAUCAGGGAUUUUGUGAAAGACACACUUUUACAUGACUCACUGUCAGAUAUUUUGUGUACAGUAUGCAGGAGAAGAUACAGGUAACUGCCAAAGUAAACACUUGAGUAAAUGAGGGACGCAAAGUAUAUUGAUAGCAGAUGCUUCCAACCAAGUGUGGUUCCUGAGUUAAAAAAAGCAAUUAACAUCCCAUCAUGCUUAGGGUCAUGUAUAAAAUGCCUAGUUGCCCAUUACUUUGGCUACCAUGGCAAGAUGAAGAGAUCUCAGUUACUUUGAAAGAGGGGUGUCAAAAGAGCAUUAUCUGGCCCAAGGACCCACAGCAAAAAUCAGUUUUUUUUCUUCACUACUUUCAUUUAUCUGCAGUCCAUAUUUAGCCUUAAAACUAAGUGUUUUACCAUUUUCUUUUCAGGACAUUUAGGGCUACAAGUAGAAUAAUUUGACAUAAACAGUUGCAUUCAUGAGUUUUAUUGACAAAUGUCAAUAAAAAAUGUUGGUCUGCCAAUCAAAAACCUGACUAAACUAAUUUCUAAGAAUGCUGUAAGUACAGAAAUGUUUUGCUCAGUGGGAAAUGAAUAUCCAACUAUUGUGUGGCUUGUGAGCAUC